AUUUUUCAUAGGCGUAUUGUAUUCUCUUUUCAGACAGUAUAUAGUAUAUAAUAGUUAGAAGGUUAUGAGCCUAUUACUAUAUUUUCCUUAUGUCUGAGCACAUCUAUUAGCUUUAUUUCAAUUAUUUGAAUUGAAAUUCUUGAAAAAUAUGUGAGGAGCAUUUAUUACUUAUUUAUAGACUAUAUGAAUAGGAUAACAAAAUAUUAACAUAGUCAAAUGUAUUUGAAAAUGCAUUUAGAAAGCACUACAAUAUAUAGUUUGAACUAUUCCCAAUUGUUUUCAGAGAUCUGAUUUCCAUCUGUUGUUACGGUGUUAGAGAGCGAGAGAGAGAGAAAGAGAGAGAGAGAGGGAGAUCAUUUGGAGACGUCGGUGCUUUGCUCACUUGGGUUUUGGGGAGUGAACCAAACAGCCAUGGUAAUAAAAGUCUUCAUAGCAUCAUCCUCUGGAUCGACAGCGAUUAAGAAGCAGCAGCAAGACAUAAUGGGUUUCCUAACUGUCAACAAGAUUGACUUUAAGGAGUGUGACAUCGUAACUAGUGAAGAAAACAGGAAAUGGAUGAGGGAGAACGUACCUGAGGACUUCCGACCAAUGACGGGGGUCCCCCUGCCUCCACAGAUAUUUAAUGAAGAACAUUACUGUGGGAAUUACGAGGCCUUCUUUGAUGCCCGUGAGGAGCAUGCAGUGUAUGCAUUCUUGGGCCUAACAGCCCCUCCAGGCUCCAAGGAAGCAGAGGCCUUGGCUGGACUGGAGCAACAGUAGCCACAUGGUUUUGAUUAGCAGACCACAGUGCCCUCUCCUGUCAUCCUCCAUUCAGCUCUACAGCAGCUUGCCACUACUCGUCUGGAAAACGUCUUCUCAGACCAAUCAUAGCGCUUUAUUUUGUUGUGAAAGGUAAUCAGAAUGGUAUCAAAUUGACCAAAUGUUGUGUUUUUUGACAAUGUCUUUAAAGUGGUGACCUUGUACUGUUACAAUAGUUCAAGUCAAUGCUGGGCAGUAUCCCAUGUUCAAUAUCAUAUUGAAAUCAAGGCAGAAUGAGUGCCCAAAUACUUGGAAUUUAGUAGAUGACAAAGACAUGCUUUGCACAUAUGAGAAUAUUUAAUUCAAUGAGAUAUUUUUCAUGUUUGAUAAUAAAAGUGUUACUUUUACUA